AUUAGGUAAAAUAUUACCGCCAUUUAGCACCAGACCAUUUAUUGCAAGUAUGCCAGCGGGUAGGACCACUUCUGGAGAAAGAAAUUCCUCAAAGUGUACCUGGCGUGCUAACACUACUAGGAGCUGGACGACAGUCUCUGCUGCGCACAAACAAAAGCUGCAAACAUGUUUUAUGGAAAGGUCCAGGCCUUGCAGCUUUACACUGUGGAAGACCCCCAGAGCUGCCUGUCAGUUAUGGAAACUCACCAAGUAUAGGAACUACACUUUUUGCAAGAAAGCUAAAUGGAAAGUACAAAUUUGAGACACUAGUCCCAACAGCAGUUUAUCAGCAUAUGAAGAUGCACAAGAGGAUUUUAGGACAUCUCUCCUCUGUUUAUUGUGUGACUUUUGAUCGGACUGGCCGAAGGAUAUUUACAGGCUCUGAUGACUGUCUGGUAAAAAUAUGGGCAACAGAUGAUGGCCGCCUCCUGGCAACAUUAAGAGGACAUGCUGCUGAAAUCUCCGACAUGGCUGUGAAUUAUGAAAAUACAAUGAUUGCUGCUGGAAGCUGUGACAAGAUGAUCAGAAUCUGGUGCCUGAGGACAUGUGCCCCACUGGCCAUUUUGCAGGGUCACAGUGCUUCCAUAACUUCUCUACAGUUCUCCCCACUGUGCAGUGGAUCUAAGCGAUUCCUCUCCUCUACUGGAGCUGAUGGAACAAUUUGCUUCUGGCUUUGGGAUGCAGGCACUCUAAAAAUAAAUCCCCGACCCAUAAAGUACACAGAGAGACCACGACCUGGGGUUCAAAUGAUCUGCUCUUCUUUCAGUUCUGGAGGGAUGUUUCUAGCUACAGGGAGCACUGACCACAUUAUAAGAGUUUACUAUUUUGGCUCUGGUCAGCCGGAGAAGAUUUCUGAAUUAGAGUUUCACACAGAUAAAGUGGAUAGCAUCCAGUUUUCAAAUGGCAGUAGUCGGUUUGUAAGUGGGAGCCGUGAUGGGACUGCUCGCAUUUGGCAGUACAAGAAAAAGGAGUGGAGGAGCAUUUUAUUAGACAUGGCUACUCGUCCUACUGGCGCUCAAGGUGUGGAAGACAAGACAACAAAACUAAAAGUUACCAUGGUGGCUUGGGACCGUCAUGAUAACUCUGUGAUCACUGCAGUCAGCAACAUGACUUUAAAAGUUUGGAACUCGUACACUGGACAACUCAUCCAUAUCCUUAUGGGGCACGAAGAUGAAGUUUUUGUACUCGAAUCCCAUCCCUUUGAUCCAAGAGUGCUGUUUUCUGCAGGUCAUGAUGGCAAUGUCAUAGUAUGGGAUCUAGCUCGAGGAGUUAAAAUUCGUUCUUAUUUUAACAUGAUUGAAGGACAAGGGCAUGGAGCUGUAUUUGACUGUAAAUGCUCUCCAGACGGUCAGCACUUUGCUUGUACAGACUCGCAUGGUCAUCUGCUGAUUUUUGGCUUUGGUUCCAGUAGCAAAUAUGACAAGAUAGCAGAUCAAAUGUUCUUUCACAGUGAUUAUCGACCUCUUAUUCGUGAUGCCAACAAUUAUGUUCUGGAUGAACAAACACAACAAGCACCCCAUCUGAUGCCACCACCAUUCUUGGUGGAUGUUGAUGGCAAUCCUCAUCCACCACGAUUCCAGCGUUUAGUUCCUGGCCGUGAAAACUGCAGGGAUGAACAAACUAAUUCCUCAAAUGGGGGUUACUGCCUCAGGGCUGAACCAAGUACUCAGCCAGCAAGCAAAUAAUGAAGUCAGUCCUUUGGACAGUCUUAUUCAGAGGCUUCAGCAGGAACAAGACCAGAGGAUAAAUGCAGGGACUGGAUACACCAACAGUCGCACGUUGAGAGCUUCAAUCAGCUCCAAUCCAGAAGUUCAUUCUCCCCCAAAUAUUGGCUUAAGACGCAGUGGUCAGAUUGAAGGUGUUCGACAGAUGCAUAGCAAUGCUCCACGCAGUGAGAUGGCAACUGAAAGGGAUCUAGUGGCUUGGAGUCGGAGAGUGGUAGUUCCUGAACUCCCCCCUGGAGUAUCCAGUAAACAGGAAGAAUGGCGAACGGCAAAAGGUCAAGAAGAAAUACAUCUCUAUAAAGCAGAAGAGAAAAAGAAAACUGUACCCAGUCACAGUGUGAGAGAAAAUAAAGUAGCCUCUUGUUCAAAGAAUCACACUCCUGAACUGUUACUUGAACCUGGGGAUUCAAGAAAGCAGCUAUCUAGUCAACACAACUAUCGCACUAGAGCUGCCCUGGAAGAGCCAGCAGGGGCAGCAGAAGACAUAGAAAAUGAAAAUAGCUCCUCAGAUGAGGCUGAAGCUGGAAGUGAAGCAAUAGCUGCAAGUGGUGCAACAUCAGAUGACGAAGAUAAACCAGGUUGGAACAGUGAUGGUAGCAGUUCAAGUGACUACUCAAGUGAUUACUCAGACUGGACUGCCGAUGCUGGAAUCAAUCUGCAACCACCAAAGAAAACACCUAAACUUAAAAACAAAAAAGCAGAGAGCAGCUCUGAAGAUGAAGAAGGGGCUGAAAAGUCUAAACAGAAGCAGAGUAAAAAGGAAAGAAAGAAGGGUACUGAAGAAAAGGAUGGGCCAUCUACAUCACCAAAGAAAAAGAAGCCAAAAGAGAGGAAGCAGAAGCGUUUAGCAGUUGCAGCCCUUACAGAGCAAGGCUUGAACCUUGAAGAGUGGCUUCCAUCUGCGUGGAUUACUGACACUGUUCCGAGGAGAUGUCCUUUUGUUCCACAGAUGGGUGACGAGGUAUACUAUUUUCGCCAAGGUCAUGAGGCAUAUGUUGAAAUGGCCAAAAAGAAUAAAAUAUAUCGGAUAAAUGCCAAGAAACAACCCUGGCAUAAAAUGGAGUUGAGGGAACAAGAACUUAUGAAGAUAGUUGGGAUUAAAUAUGAAGUGGGUUUACCAACCCUUUGUUGUCUUAAGCUUGCUUUUCUUGACCCUGAUACUGGCAAACUGACUGGAGGAGCAUUCACAAUGAAGUAUCACGACAUGCCGGAUGUAAUAGACUUUUUAGUACUUCGACAGCAAUUUGAUGAAGCAAGACGUAGGCAUUGGAGCAUUGGAGACAGAUUUCGGUCAGUGAUUGAUGAUGCCUGGUGGUUUGGCACAAUAGAAAGUCAGGAGCCACUGCAGUCAGCGUAUUCAGACAGUUUAUUCCAAUGCUACAAUGUUUGUUGGGACAAUGGUGAUGCAGAGAAGAUGAGCCCUUGGGAUAUGGAACUCAUACCCAACAAUGCUGUGUUUCCCGAAGAGUUGGGCACCAGUGUACCAUUGACAGAAAUUGAGGUGCGGUCGUUGCUCUACAGGACCCUGGAUGGAGAGUGGGGGUGUAGAAGCAGAGAUGAAGAAUGCGAGAGAAUCAUUGGUGGCAUCAACCAGCUGAUGACUUUAGACAUUGCUUCUGCCUUUGUGGCUCCUGUAGACCUCCAAGCCUACCCAAUGUAUAGCAUGGUUGUGGCAUACCCAACUGAUCUCAGUACCAUCAAACAGCGACUGGAAAACAGGUUCUACAGGCGUCUGUCAUCACUAAUGUGGGAAGUGCGUUAUAUAGAGCAUAACACUCGAACUUUUAAUGAGCCUGGGAGUCCAAUUGUAAAAUCAGCCAAGUUUGUCACAGAUGUUUUACUGGCAUUUAUAAAGGACCAGAGUUGCUAUGAUAUCAUUCCACAGUACAACAUCAUGAAGAAGAAGCUAUUGUCAGACUCUGAAGAGGAAGAAGAAAAAGACAUGCAGAUUUGCCUGGGACAUCCACUAGGAAGAGAAAGGAAUACCAGCCAAGGAGAACUCUGCGUAGCCGAGCACAGUCUUAUGACCUUCAGUCUUGGAAGAAGCAAUGCCAGGAGCUUUUAAAUCUAAUUUUUCAGUGUGAAGAUUCUGAACCUUUCAGGCACCCAGUUGACCUCAAUGAAUACUCAGAUUAUAGAGACAUUAUAGACACGCCUAUGGAUUUUGGGACAGUAAAAGAAAAACUUGAUGCUGGGACCUAUGAAUCUCCUACAGAUUUGUACAAGGAUGUGAGGCUCAUUUUCAGUAAUUCAAAGGCUUAUACACCAAGCAAAAGAUCAAAGAUUUAUAGCAUGAGUUUGCGCUUAUCUGCAUUCUUUGAGGAGCGUGUAGGCACAAUUUUGACAGAUUAUCGUUCUGCCAUCACAUUUCAUCAGAGGACCUCAAUGCCCAAACGUAAGAAGAAAAGGAAUCGGAGCAGCUCUUCCAGCAGCACUGCAGCAUCUAGUCCUGAAAGAAAAAGAAAAUAUGUGAAGCACCAACCAAAGCAGGAAAGCACACCAACACCUUCAGGACUGCCUAGCCCACGUUCAGCAGUUCAGAAGGUGCCAACUGCUCAAACAAAUGGCAAAGGAACAGAAUCCAGUCCAUUGGCACGCACAAGGAGUUACAGGCGUUCUAUAGAACCAGUCUCUGCUGAUAAACCAUCCACAUCUUUGUGUAAACCCAUGACAACAAGACUGAAUAAUUCUACCACUCCAGGGAAAGCAGUAGCAAUAGUUGAAAACUCAGUUAAACAUCCUAGAAAUCAGAGUACGCCAAGCAGUACCAGCCAGCCAAUGACAACCACCCAGCUUAGAAAGAACAACGUGCCCAAAGAAAACCUGGAAAAGGAGAAGCCUCUGAAACGCAAGAUGAAAGGGAUGAGCAGUCAACAGCAAGCUGAAAGAAAAGAUGGUGUAUUGCCAGUACGUGUUCAAGUUAAUGGGCACAGCAGCCAGGUCAAGAAGCCAGGAAUGAGAGGUCGCCCUCCUGGCCGCAAACCGAAGAUAGUUCUGAACAACGCUAAUAAUGGUGACCAAAAUAAUAGCAUUCAAGUUGUUCCCAAGAAAAGAGGAAGGAAGCCAAAAUAUCCCAGGAACGAUGAUCAACAGCAAAUUGUACCCCAGGUCACACCUCAACCUGUUUCCCCAGUUAAAAAGAAAAAGGAGCAGCCGACUUCAUCCAGCUGUAACUCUAAUGCAGAGCUGAAAGUUAAGAAUGAGAUUGAGGUACCAAAAAAACGGAGGGGUAGAAAACCAAAAAUAAGAAUUGAGCAUACAGAGAUUAAUGCUCCUCCUCCACUACCACCUCCACCACCACCACCACCACCACCAUCACAAUCAUUACCAACACAGACAGUACCAGAAAAUGCGAAACAGGAACUUGUCAAAAUACAAACAAGAAGUAAAUGUAAAAAGGUUGAGGAAUCAAUGGAUGUAUCCAGAGAGACAACUGAGGGCCUUAAUCAUUCUGAAUCCCAAAUGAGAACUAGAAAUCAGGGCAAGAGAACUGCAUUUUAUAAUGAAGAAGACUCUGAGGAGGAACAGAGGCAGCUGUUGUUUGAAGACACUUCUUUGACUUUUGGAACCUCAAGCAGAGGAAGGGUACGGAAAUUAACAGAGAAAGCUAAAGCCAAUUUAAUAGGCUGGUAA